UAUUAUUAAACGGACAUGUCUUUCAAAUUAAGGAGACAAUGGACAACAGUCCUAUUUGGUGUUAUUCUCGGAUUCACUGCGUGUUCUUGGUUGAUUGUACCCCAAGUUCUGGAUAGCAAACGUCAUGAAUCCGCCUUAUGUUCAUUCAAAAUCGAAUCCGCUGUUGGGAAAAUAUCGGGAAACCUCGCGGAAACAUUUGUCGAUGAGAGGGCCAGGCAUCUUUUCAAAAAGGAGCCGAGAAGUACUGCUGACAACGGGACUGUCUUGAAGCUGCCCAAGCAGUUUCUCUACGUGGGCGUGAUGACUGCGAAGAAGUAUCUGGCCUCCCGAGCAGUGGCCGCCCACAAUACCUGGGCGCGUUCAGUUCCGGGAAAGGUGGAGUUCUUUUCGAGUGCGGGCUCUGGCGAUGUCGACCUUCCUGUUCCGAUCCCAGUCAUAUCACUCCCAGGCGUGGAUGAUUCUUAUCCACCACAGAAGAAGUCGUUUAUGAUGCUCAAGUAUAUCCAUGAUCACUAUUUGGAUAAAUACCAGUGGUUCAUGCGAGCAGAUGAUGAUGUCUAUAUAAGAGGUGAGAAGUUGGAGUUGUUUCUGCGUUCUCUGAACAGCAGUAAGCCUCUUUACCUUGGACAGACUGGCCUCGGCAUGGCAGAAGAAUUGGGCAGACUAGCUCUUGAGCCUGGGGAGAACUUCUGCAUGGGUGGACCCGGGAUGAUCUUCAGUAGGGAGGUGCUACGCAGGAUGACGCCACACAUUGGUACUUGUCUCAGGGAGCUGUACACAACUCAUGAGGAUGUGGAAGUGGGCCGGUGUGUACGACGCUUUGGAGGGACACAGUGUGCAUGGUCCUAUGAGAUGCAGCAUCUAUUCUAUGAGAAUUACGAACACAAGAAAGGUUACAUCGAAGAGCUGCACAGUAGCAAGAUCCAUAAUGCCAUCACACUACAUCCCAACAAAUGGCCUGCUUACCAGUACCGACUCCAUAACUACAUGUUGACCCGCAAGAUCUCAAGACUGCGAUACCACACCAUUCUGCUGCAUCGAGAAGGCCUGACUAUGACUCACCUCAGUGACACGGAAACGUUGUGGGAGGACGAGCAACUGGGAGGACCACCAUCCUAUAUGCGUUAUCGGCCCAGUGACCGAAAUGACGUAAUUGAGUGGAAUUUUCUGACGGCCCGUCAUAUUUUUUCUGCUAUUGAAAACAAGGUUGGCCGUCAAAACCUGGCAAACUCACUUCGGACAGCAUUAGACGACAUUGUACUCCAGGUCAUGGAAAUGAUUAAUGAAAAUUCGAAAAUUCGUGGGCGUGUAAUAGAUUUCAAAGAGAUUCAAUAUGGCUACUACAGAGUGGAUCCAGUGCAUGGGGCUGAAUACAUCUUAGACUUACUGCUUCUGUACAAAAAGCACAAGGGACGCAAAAUAACUGUCCCUGUGAGGCGCCAUGCAUACCUUCAGCAAUCCUUUAGUCGACCUUUCUUUCAUGAAACUGAAGAGUUAAAUGUGGCUGACCUUGUGACUGCUAUCAACUCUGCUUCCCUGUCUCUGUCUUUUCUGCCUAACUCUCUGAAAUUCUUAUCACCUUUUCAGUUCUAUGAGUCAACCAGGGAAAUAUGGGAGCAAAGCCAGAGGAAAGUCAACAUCCUUGUUCCCCUGUCUGGGCGUUAUGACACCUUCGUCCGUUUUAUGGAAAACUUUGAAAAAGUGUGUUUGAUACCCAAGCAAAAUGUUAAACUAUCUGUGAUUCUGGUGGACAAUGAGCGGUAUGACAACAAAGGAAAACAUAUACAUUUAAUCAAAGAUUACAACAGGAAAUAUCCCAAAGCUGAUCUGUCAGUGAUUCCAAUGACUGGAAACUUUUCCAGGGGGUUUGCUCUAGAGCUGGGCUCCUCAUUGUCUGAUAAUGACACUCUACUCUUCUUUUGUGAUGUUGAUCUUAUCUUUAAUGCUGAUGCCCUGCAACGCUGCAGAGAUAACACUGUUCAAGGGAGACAGAUCUAUUUUCCCAUCAUAUUUAGUCAAUACAACCCGAAGAUAGUUUAUGCUGAAAAAGCCCCAAGAGAAAACAAUUUUGUCCUCACCAAGAAAAGUGGUUUUUGGCGUACUUAUGGGUUUGGCAUUGCGUGUGUCGUCAAGAGUGAUCUGCUAAAAGCUGGUGGAUUUGACACUUCAAUUCUUGGCUGGGGGCUCGAAGAUGUAGACCUUUUCACAAAAGUUCUUAAUUCUGAUUUACAAGUGUUGCGAAGUCAGGAACCAGGAAUUAUUCAUAUUUAUCAUCCUGUCCAUUGCAGUUUGAGUCUUGAUCCAAAGCAACUCAAAAUGUGCCUUGGGUCAAAAGCAAGUACUUAUGCUUCGACAAUGCAAUUAGCAGAGCUGUGGAUGGAGAAAGACAUGGGAGUUUAUAAUAAAACUUUAUCCUGACAUCGCAGCCUAUUAGCAUGCCACCAUGCAAGUUUACGUCAGUUCUAGAACACAGUCAGCAAUGGACUAUAUACUGUGUUGAGUUCUGGAUGCGUUUAGACAAUGAUUCCAAAGAACCAGGGGCCUCAUGUACAAAAGGUGUGGCCACAAUAAUGUGGCACACGUUCUUUUUCAUGGCAAAGUUCAGAUGGAUUAAGAUUGAAAUGACCAUAGAAAUGUGCGUUGCCUCAUGCCAAUUUCGAGCAUGGCGUACACACAUUUCUACACCUGUAGGUGAAUUGGUGACACUUAGAGGCAUUGCUGAGAAACCAUUAGAAUAAAUCUGCACAUUAGAGACACAUGCACUGAUGAUUAGAAUAAAUCUGCACAUUAGAGACACAUGCACUGAUGAACAAUUAAUUCCCGACAUUUGAUUUGAGAAGAGUGGUAACUCAGAAUCAGAUUUAACGGCCAAGUAUGUAUCAACACAAUUUGUUUGCAACAGUUGGUGCCCCCCUGGUAUGACAUUUAUGUUUAGUACUGAGAAGAAGAACUAACUAACAAGAUUGAAGAACAAUAGACAUUCAAAUAAUAGGAAACUAUUCCUAUAAGUCACAGUUGUGCAAUGAUGCAUAGUCUUCUCGCAUUUAGAGCAGGUAAAGUGUGUCAAUGCCCCACGUUAUGUUAAGGUUAUACAGAGUGGUCUUACCUGUUCGUGGUUCACUGUUAUAGACCAGUGCAGUGACAAUUCUGCAAAUGUUUUAAAGUGAUGAAUCAUGCGAUAGUCUACACUGUAUAAUCCGAAUACUGAUACUGAUUGGACCAGCACGAUGUGAGGGUGUGUCCCAACAACGACACCAGGCAGAAAAUAGGUUCAGAUCUAUAGCACUUUCCCAACGGAAGGAGCUGCAAGAACUGGUGGGCAGGAUGUGGAGGAUCCGAAAGAAUCAUGCCUGCUCUGUACCUAGUUCGGGCGUACCCCUCCUCCUGCCCUUUGACAGCACUCCCACGACCCUUGCGAGGAUAAGCAGCUAAGAAAAUGGAUGGAUGGGCUUUUUUUGUGCAUCUCGAGUCAAGAAAAAAUUGUGAGGGCAACAGAUGGAAUAAAUGAUCACCUAUAUCACUUAAGAGGUGUCCUCAAAAAUAGCAGUGAUUCAUUAAAAACGCUAACAAGUGAAUUUGGCCUCUUUUACAUUGUUGAAAUCAGAUGUUACCUCCCGUUGUUCAUCGGCCUGGCGUGCAGAUUUUUUUUAAACUUUCCCAGAAUCACCUGUCACCAAAGGACCAACUGCUGUAAAACGUGUAUGCCACCCAUAAACUUAGUGCAAGGCACUGCACAUUUCCACAGUCAUUUCACUCUUGAUACAUCUGAACUUUGCAGUGACAAAAAUUUUUUUGUCCGUACACACCUUUUUACAUGAAUAUUUUUGUGCUUAUGAUGUUUUCUGGAUUUCAGGGUAUAACAUGUUUCAGUAGGAAAUCCAAGAAAAAUCUUUAGACACGAAGCCUCUGGAUAUGUUUGUGCUCACGCUGAUUUCUGGAUUUGAGGGUACGCCAUGUUUCAGUUGGCAAUCCAAACAAAUCUUUGUAUCUAAUGCUCUACUUUUUUUUUCCAAAGCAAAAUAAAAGAAAGACCACUUUCAAUUGUGAGCAGCAGAGAAUACAGUUGACAGUUUUAACCAUUCUCAACACGGUGACUCAUUUGAAAAAAAAACAUCAAUUGGUACAUUAACAUUAUGCAGUUGGGAUUUAUUUGUUUUUAUUUAAUGUGAACAGUCAAGGUUGAUGUUCCAUUGAUCUAAUUCUGUUUCUAAGAUUUAUGGUAUUCUGGGUCUACCUCUGUACAAAUGUUCUGUUACUCUUGAAAAGAAAUCUAUUUAAAAACAUUUUUAAAAACAGUUUGUCAAUAAAGAUUUUUAUAUGGUCUGAUGAUAUGAAAGUGAUAUUGUU